AUGGAGAGUUUGGAAGUGGCAGACGUCACCAAAUUAAACGCUCUUGCAGCAGGUACCAAUAAGAAGACCCCGCGGAUUGUGGCGGCCGGCUUGGGUGGCAGAUUGAUGGGUACCAGAGACUUGGUCAAGAUCACUGCUGAACAAGUCACCCAGGACUCGUUGGAGUCGAUUGCUGAGAAAGACGCCCGUGAAAAGGAACACUUCACCAAGAACAAGCACAUCUCCGAAAAGCCUUGGACCCUUUCCAAUUUCCACCAGCACCUCAACUGGUUGAACAUGAUUUUGGUGGUGGGUUUCCCAGCCUUUGGAGUCUACUCCGCCAUCACCUCUCCUCCUCAAUGGAAGACGGCUGUUCUCGGGUUCACCCUCUACAUCUUGUCCGGUUUGUCCAUCACUGCCGGCUACCAUCGUUUAUACUCCCACAAGUCCUAUUCCGCUGCCUUGCCAGUGAGAUUGUUCUUUGCAUUCUUCGGAGCUGGAUCUAUUGAAGGUUCCAUCAAGUGGUGGUCCCACUCCCACAGAAUCCACCAUCGUUACACCGAUACCCCCCGUGAUCCAUAUGAUGCUCGUAGGGGUUUCUGGUUCUCCCACAUGGGUUGGAUGUUGACCAAGGCUAACCCAAAGAACCGUGCCAGAGCCGACAUUUCUGACUUGAGCAGCGACUGGGUUGUUUCCUUCCAACACCGUCACUACUUGGUUAUCAUGCUCUUGUCUGCAUUUGUCUUGCCAACUCUUAUUGCCGGUAUUUUCUGGGGCGACUACUGGGGUGGUUUCAUCUACGGAGGUAUCUUGAAGACUUUUGUCAUUCAACAGGCUACUUUCUGUGUCAACUCUCUUGCCCACUGGAUCGGUCUUCAACCAUUUGAUGACCGUAGAACCCCAAGAGAUCACUUCUUGACUGCAUUCAUUACUUUUGGUGAAGGUUACCACAACUUCCACCACGAGUUCCCAUCUGACUACAGAAACGCCUUGAAGUGGUACCAAUACGACCCAACCAAGGUUGUUAUCUGGGCUUUGUGCAAGGUUGGUCUCGCAUGGAACUUGCAGACUUUCAGCCAAAACGCCAUUGAACAAGGCUUGGUUCAACAGCAGCAAAAGAAAAUCGAUAGAAUGAGAAACAAGUUGAACUGGGGUGCCACUGUGGAUAACUUGCCAGUUUGGGACAGAAGCGAGUUCAACGCCCGUGCCAAGGAAGAAGGUCUUAUCAUCAUCUCUGGCAUUGUGCAUAACGUCAAGGCGUUCAUCAAGGAACAUCCUGGUGGACAAGCCCUCGUUAGAGCCUCCUUAGGAAAGGAUGCUACCAAGGCGUUCAACGGUGCUGUGUACGCUCACUCCAAUGCUGCUCACAACUUGUUAGCCAACAUGCGUAUUGCUGUUAUCCGUGAUGGUGACAUCAACGGUAACACCUUUGCUCUCCAACAAGAGUUCUUAGAUAAAGAGAAGCUCGCUUAG